UUUCCGUCUGUCUCUGUAUCUUUGAACGCCAAAUAAACUUCACUUCACUUCAUUCAUUCAUUUUAUCAGAGGAAGAGAUAAGGAGAGAAAGAAGUAGAAAUCCAAAAAAAAAAAAAGAGUAAAAAAAAUAUUAAAAAAAAAAAGAGUGCUCUCCCAUGAGAGUAUCUCUCAAUUGUGAAACACCAUCACCAAAACAACAUUAUAACUAUUCUGCAAUCAUGUGUAAUCCGAACUCUCCUUCUUCCGCCGCCGCGACAAAAGAAGCAGAAAACCAUCAUCUCCAACACCAAAAAAACAAUCUUUUCUUUGAUCUUCUCUCACUCCCAAUGACCCCAAUACAACAAAAGCCGGCGAAACUGUCGCAACCACCAGUACUCUUCUCAGUCUCCGCCGUGGCCGCGGAGUCAUGGUCUCUCUUCACCUUGGCACUCCCCAUCGCCCUCGCCGCCCUCAUCCUCUACUCCCGCUCCGCCGUGUCGAUGCUCUUCCUCGGCCGCCUUGGCGACCUGGAGUUGGCCGCCGGUUCCCUAGCCAUGGCCUUCGCCAACAUCACCGGCUACUCCGUCCUGUCGGGCCUGGCCCUUGGCAUGGAGCCACUCUGUUCCCAGGCCUUCGGGGCCCAACGGCCCAAACUCCUCUCCACCACCCUCCACCGAUCCGUCAUCUUCCUCCUCCUCUCCUCCCUCCCCAUUUCCCUCCUCUGGCUCAACAUCUCCAAAAUCCUCCUCUCCUUAAACCAGGACCCCGCCAUCACCCGCAUGGCUCACACCUUCUUGCUCUUCUCGCUCCCCGACCUCUUCACCAACUCCUUCAUCCACCCAAUCCGCAUUUACCUUCGCGCCCAGUGCAUCACCGUCCCGUUAACUCUAGCAUCUCUCGCCGGAACUCUCCUCCACUUGCCUCUCACUUUCGCUUUCGUUUCACGGCUCAAGCUCGGCGUGGCCGGCGUGGCUGCAGCCUCGGCUCUCACCAAUUUAUUCGUUUUAAUUUCGCUUCUCGGAUAUGUUUGGUGGUCGGGGUUAUUACACGAGCCGACGUGGACGGCGCCGAACCGGGAGUGCCUCACCGGCUGGGGGGCGGCGCGCUUUUUUCGGGGGAGGCCGCUGCCCCGGCUAGCCGCGCCGAGCUGCGUCUCCGUCUGCCUGGAGUGGUGGUGGUACGAGAUCAUGAUCGUGCUUUGCGGCUUGCUGGCGGACCCGAAAUCAACGGUUGCCUCGAUGGGCGUGCUGAUCCAAACGACGUCGUUGAUCUACGUCUUCCCGUCGUCGCUCGGGUUCGCGGUCUCGACGCGGGUCGGGAACGAGCUCGGGGCGAACCGACCCGGGAAGGCGAGGCUAUCUGCUGCCGUGGCGGUGACGAUCGCGUUCGUGACCGGCCUAUGCGCGAUGGCUUUCGCGUACGGGAUGAGGGAGAGGUGGGGGAGGAUGUUCACGGUGGACGAGGAGAUCCUACGGCUGACGUCCGCCGCGCUUCCGAUCCUAGGGCUGUGCGAGCUCGGGAACUGUCCGCAGACAGUUGGGUGUGGGGUCCUCAGGGGGAGCGCAAGGCCGUGCACGGCAGCUAACGUGAACGUGAGCGCAUUCUAUCUGGUGGGCAUGCCCGUCGCGGUUGGGCUUAGUUUCUGGGUCGGGGUUGGGUUUUGUGGGCUCUGGCUGGGCCUGUUGGCGGCCCAGGUGUGUUGUGCUGGGCUGAUGCUGUAUGUUGUGGGGACCACAGACUGGGAGUUCCAAGCCAAGAGGGCCCGGAUGCUAACGUGCGCCGGUUGUGGUGACACGACGAUGAUGCAGAGUAGUGAUCGUAAGGGUGAGGAAGAACAGCCUUUAUUUUGCAUUGUGGUCGCUUCACCGUGAGAAAGUGGUUAAC